AUGGCUCGUGUAGCGGAGGAUCAAGUUGUUGAAUUUUCACUCGAUGAAGUUCAAUCGGUGAAAUUUCGUACUUCGAAGACUCUUUUGGGGAGACUAUUUUCGGAGACCACUUUCACUACUGGAGAGUUGAGGGAGGGCUUCCUUGAGGCAUGGCGGGUGCAAGGAAACCUUCGGGUUUUGGCCACUAAAUUUGGCCUUUUUGAAAUCAGUCUCCCAAGUGAUGAGAUGAGGGUUUGGCUCCUAAAAAGAUCUCCAUGGAUUGUUAAGGACAUGAUUCUAAAAAUUCGGUCCUGGACGCCCUCUAUCACAAGGCCUAUUUUUGAUUAUUUGGCCAUUGCUCCAUUACGUGUUCAACUAUGGAAUGUAAAAGAAGAUUGUUGCACGAAGCAAUUUGGCCAGAAAGUGGCAACUGGGAUUAUUGGUCAAGUCUUGGAGGCUGAUGUCUUUUCUUCCAAAGACACUGAUGAACGCUUUGUGAAAGUGCAUGCGCUCAUUGAUUUUACAAACCUUUGCGGUCUCAAUUCAUGA